GGAGAGCUGUGGGGCUCGGAGCCGGCCGCCGCGCCGCUCCGCUCGCUGUGGGGCUCGGUGUGUCGGGGGUGGGGGGGCGGGGGGGCUCCGCUAUGGAGGCAAAUGGGAGCCAGGGCACCGCGGGCAGCGCCAACGACUCCCAGCACGACCCCGGUAAAAUGUUUAUCGGUGGACUGAGCUGGCAGACCUCACCAGAUAGCCUUAGAGACUAUUUUAGCAAAUUUGGAGAAAUUAGAGAAUGUAUGGUCAUGAGAGAUCCCACCACGAAACGCUCCAGAGGCUUCGGUUUCGUCACGUUCGCAGACCCAGCAAGUGUAGAUAAAGUAUUAGGUCAGCCCCACCAUGAGUUAGAUUCCAAGACGAUUGAUCCCAAAGUUGCAUUUCCUCGUCGAGCACAACCCAAGGCUUUUACUCAAGCCUGCAUGCCUGAGUUCUAUCACAGAAAAAAGAUGGUCACCAGAACAAAGAAAAUAUUUGUAGGAGGAUUAUCUGCGAACACCGUAGUGGAAGAUGUAAAGCAGUACUUUGAGCAGUUUGGCAAGGUGGAGGAUGCGAUGCUGAUGUUUGAUAAAACCACCAACAGGCACAGAGGGUUUGGUUUUGUCACUUUUGAGAAUGAAGAUGUUGUGGAGAAAGUCUGUGAGAUCCAUUUCCAUGAAAUCAAUAAUAAAAUGGUAGAAUGUAAGAAAGCUCAGCCGAAAGAAGUCAUGUUUCCACCUGGGACCAGAGGCCGGGCCCGGGGGCUGCCUUACACCAUGGAUGCUUUCAUGCUUGGUAUGGGGAUGCUAGGCUACCCCAACUUUGUGGCAACCUAUGGCCGAGGCUACCCCGGAUUUGCACCUAGCUAUGGCUACCAGUUCCCAACCCACAGGCACCAAACCCACAUGGAGCUUCUCCUUCCCUGCCUGUGCUGGCCUCGCCUUCCUAGUGAUACACUGCGAUAGGAAGGAGCAGAGCAUUGAGAACCAUCUCCAUCAGGCUAUGGUCACCCCAGGAAGACCUUUUCCUGUGCUUCUGACCGCCCCUCCAUACUUGCCUCUUUGAAGUACCCCCCACUCUUUCAGCUUAAUAGAGGAUUGCUCAGUUGCACCUGCAGGAGUCACCCCUUUGUCUGUUCUGUGUUUUUGAGAAGUGACCUGUAUGCCCCCAUUUAAUGUGGUGGAUAUGAGCAAAUUCAUACACUUGAAUGUCAGCGUCCUUGAGACCCAGCGUGUGCCGUGUGACUCAUCUCAUUAAAGAUGCUUGAUGAGAUAACUGGUUAGUUUCCAUUUAUUUCCACUGACUUUUUUUUUUUUUUUUGGAAUUGUUUGCUUGGGUGAGCUUGUCCUGGUUGUUGUCUCACAGUCAUUUCAUCCAUUGUGGAUUUUCUCCACCACUGUAAAUAGUGUAUCUGUGCUACUCCCUAAUGAUAUUUUAUUUUAUUUUUUCCCCUGUAAGCAACUGAGGUAGAAAAAUAAAUUGUUUACCAUGGACAUGCUGUGUCCCACCAUCUCUAAGCUUGAGAGUGUCCUGUUCUCGCUCCGGGGGAGGUGAAUGCACUAAAUAGCCUGUACCAAUGACAGCCAAGUACAGUGUCUAAAUGUGUGCCAACUCCCCCUGGCUGCAGCCUGUCCCCCGCCCUCCCGCCUUCACCGCGGGCAGCCAGUGCUUGCACUCACUCGAAGUGAUUGUCCUUGAGCAGUGGCAGAGCAUCUGCGCACAGCAGCUGCACAGGCCCCUGCCUCUGCCGUGGCGCCUGCCCGCCACUGGGAAUGCUACAGGAGCAUCUGGAGCCCCCACAUCUGCACACCAGGCAUGUGAGUGUGUGCAGGGAUUGCCUUUCAAGCGCAGGUCAGCGGUAGGAUAGUGGAAACAUGGCUGGACUGGACCGGAAGUGAGAGGGCCUGGUGUCUAGGUCCCACUUGGACGCUUGGUGUGACGAAAAUUAUAAGAGUGGCUACCUAGCAAGCUCAAGGCCCUGAGUUCAAACCCUAUUACUGCCAAUUAAAAAAAAAGGGGGGGGGACAAACAAGAAGGAAGAAGGAAAGGUAAAAAUAAUAAAACAAGAAUUAGUAACGGCUUAAAUAAGAAUUUAUCUCUCCCAUGUAAAGAGGCCUGGAUGUAAUAAUAAGAGUCUAGUUAUCAUCUGUCUUCUUAUUCUAUCCUUUUUAGCACGAGACUCUACCUCAUAGUGGAGGGAAACUGCUUCAGCACCAGUCAUCACAUACUCUUCCAUAAGAAUGUACAUCUUGCUUUAAAUAACACUUCUUAGAAUUCAUGCUUGACACUCUGUUUAGAUCUCUUUGGUCAGAACUUAACACCUGGCUGAUUCAGCUGCAAGGAAAUGUCAAAAAUGCCUUAUUCUAGGUAGCUCUGUGCUGGUUUCCACACAGGAAGAAUGAACAGAUAGCAGUGAACCUUAGUAUCUCUACUAGGAAUCUGAGAGGGGGACUGCUGCAGGCUGUAGGAAUUAUGGGAGUAGUUUGUAGUCCUCAAGAUACAAGGUUUUGGGAAAAGUUGGAAGAGAGGUGGCAUUAGUGGCAUCAUAUUAGGCAGAGUUCUAGAGUGAGUAGAGGCUUUGGGGGUGGGGACAGUGCAGAAGCUUCCAGGAGUUCCCCCUCUUUCCCCAGCCUUGCUUUUCUCCUCUUAGCUUUAUUCCUCUUUCCCUGCCUCAGGCUGGUUGGUGGUCCUUUGGUAUCUUUCAGCUCUAUUGGUAACAGCAGGGUUGUUAUUUGCCCAGUGAUCAAGUCUCUACCACACCCACCAACAGUGGCCUCAAUUGCAGUGCUCUCAGGGCAGCCUGGAGAGCCCAAGCCAGCAUCACAUGUGACUUGGUGCCUCCCUCCCAAGAUGCUUUGGGCCAGGACAGAGGUAAUAUGGGUCCUAGGCAAGGACCCCCUUCCCCAUACCACUCACUCAGCUUCACCCUGAUUCUGGAAGUACCCAUUUCUGUGCUUCCUACCCUUUGGCAAUGGAAAACAAGUCUUACCUCCAUGGCUGCUGUGGUUAAUGGGGACCAGCUUCCUGGAGCACUGACUCAGAUGACCAAAGCCAAGCCCAAGCUUGGCUGAAUGUCUGGUGAGAAGCAUCAAUGGCUCCGGCAUGCAGACUCGCGGCUGUGUGCCAUGCACUCAGUGUACUGUGUUUCAAUUUAAAGAUAGCUCUAGGGCACUAACUGAGUUUCAGGUUCUCUGAGAGACAGCUAUGGGGUAUUUCCCAUGGAGGGGAUGGUCAGAGGAGAGGUGUCCUAGCACAGAGAAGUCCUGUCCCUGUGGAGUGAACACCAUGAGAAGCCAUUCUCAGCAGCAGCUGCUUCCAGGUGAGCUUGGGGCAAGUCAUGGGUCUUUGAGCAGUGAUAAAAGUGUGGUGCAUUGCCGCAGCCUAGGGAUAUGUGUUUCCUGUGGGAAGUAGAACACGUACAGCCCUGGUGCUGAGGAGGCACAAUUCAACAGGAUGGCUGAGGCAGAUAUCACUACCCUGUUAAUUUUGCCCAGCGGACAAUAUUUUGCAAAGGAUUGAGAAACAGUGAUGAGUACUAUACUUAAUAAAGGCCUGGGAACCUGCUUAGAGCCGAGUGUUCACUCCAGAGCCCUCCUGCCCACCCAUUCCCCUAGCCCAUCACAGUGGCAGACACCCCUUCCUGCCUCAGUCUCCCCUAUUUUGCUCUUUCUAGUCCAGUUCUCAGAGCCUUGUCCACCUCCCAGGGAAGGCUAGGCUGCCUUGUGGACCUCAUAACCAGGGAUAUAGGAUGACUCCACCUUUGGGUAUAAAUUUAAGUGCCGUGUGUCUGUCCCCUUCCUGCUUUCCCCCAUCCCAGCCCAAGAAUGCCUGUCUGAGAACUCUGGUGAGCCCCCGAUGGUAGACCCUCUGCCUCUACUCGAGACUUAUCACUCAGGCAGCAGCAGCUGGUUUCUCAUUCACUGACUUGGAAGCCUGUCUUAAUAUAUCAAGAUGAGAUGACUGGCUUCCCAAGUCUGUUGUUGGAACCCCGAGCUGAGCUAUAUCCCUUGUGAGGGAGAGCCCCACACAUCUGCCCCAUCCCUGCCCUCCAAUGUGCAUUCCCUGUGCCCUCCAGACUCCUCUCUUCUCAGAGCCCAUCCACAGCCAGUUUUUAAAUCACAAGCCCAGCUCUCCUGGGCUAGCCAGUCUCCGGUGCCACCUGGCCCAGUGUGUGCUGGAGGCUUAUCUUCUCAUUUGAAUAGUAGAGGCAAGCUUAACUAGGAAGCUGAAUCUCUGUUGCUUGAAAGAAAUGAACUCCCAAGUCCAGAUGAACCCUGUAGGAGGCUUGUAAGGGCUGUGGUUAUGCCUAGUCACCAUGAGAAGAAUCUGGAGUUGACUCUUCCCAGAGGAAAGCAGAGCAUGGUGCAUAAAAAGCACUUAAUAAACGUUUGCAGAAAUGAAUUGGAGCCAUCCAAAACGACAGGAAUUGCAGUUUUCACUUGCCAUGAGCUUUCUGUGCCUCUCAAAGCUCUUCUGCAUAAGUAGGUAAUGUGACUUCAUACAAGCCUCUCUCCCCACAGUGAAAACACUGUGUUCUCAGGUGGAAAGUUGGGAAAAUGAGUCCUUGCCAAGGUCAUCUCUGGACCUCUGUUUCCCUAUCUAUUAAAUGGAGUGGUUGGUCCUUGCUCUAUCCUGCUUCCUUGUGAAGGUAUCAGGCAUGGAUUGAUUGUUUUAGAAAGUAGUUGUUCAAGGAAGGCAGAGUUGGUAUGGCUUCCAUACCUUUGUCCCUGUGGGCAGAGACCCCAUCCCUACCAGAUCUGUCUCUUCUCACACCUUCUCCAGUCAUCCCAGGAACUUAAUCACCUUUCUCCAAGUCUUCAGGUUUCAUUGUCAUCAGCAAAAGCAAGUGAAAGCCUCAGAUUAAAAAACAACAGCCACAUACACUAU